CAGGAGACCGUUGCAGUUGGCCACCCCCUGCUCCUCCGUAACCAUGUGUGAACGAGAGGCCGUGAUCAAAAAUGCCAACAUGUCAGAGGAGAUGCAACAGGACUCGGUGGAGUGUGCGACUCAGGCAUUGGAGAAAUACAACAUAGGGAAGGACAUUGCGGCCCAUAUUAAGAAGGAGUUUGACAAGAAGUACAACCCCACCUGGCACUGCAUCGUGGGGAGGAACUUGGGUAGUUAUGUGACACAUGAAACCAAACACUUCAUCUACUUCUACCUGGGCCAGGUGGCCAUUCUUCUGUUCAAAUCUGGUAAAGCGCAUGGACUGUCACACAUCCAGUGA